GCUUUAGCCAUGGAGGAUGCGAUGGAAGUGGAUGCAGAUAUAGAGAAUCAGCACGAUCGAUGUCUUGUUAGAAAGCGGCACAAAAACGGCGAUUUGAAUGGUGCUGUCAAAGUUAGAAAAGUUAGCUUGAAUCAAGCUGCAGGCGAUUCCGCACCAUCUAGAGCCUACACCGAAGUAGCUGGUCGAAUAGCUGAAGUUGAAUUGGAAAAUUUUAUGUGUCAUGGACACUUAAAAGUGGACUUUGAGACGUCAGAAAACAACUGCUUCUACAUUGGUGGUCCAAACGGAAGUGAGUCUAAACUUAUCAUAGCGGUAACCAACAAGGCAAGAAUUCGGCUAGUUCUGACUAACAGUGGCCUUGGAAGCCAUCCUGACUAUGGUGACUUCGUGGUUGUAGAGAGAGUGAUCACUCCAUCCGCAUCCACCUACUCACUAAAAAGUAUAAGUGGCUUCGGUAGAAAUAGACGCGGUGAGUUGAUUUUGUCUUAA